AUGCACAGUGGAAACGCAUUAACAGAGCAAGCAGUUUUAGAAAAAUCCAAAGCUUCUAGUCUUAGUGAGGUUAAGAGCAUCACUUUUUGGGGCGCAGAUAUUCAAGAUGUUAGUAUCGUUUCUAAAAUGCCCAACUUAGAAUCCGUAUCUUUAUCAGCUAAUAAAAUUUCAUCGUUACAGCCAUUUGCUUCAUGCCCAAAUCUCAAAGAAAUUUUUCUAAGGAGAAAUCAUGUUGCCAAUUUAUCAGAAUUCGACUACUUGAAGGGAUUAUCUCAACUCAGAGUACUUUGGUUUUCAGAUAAUCCAGUUGCAAGCGUAGAAGGUUACCGCGAUUAUAUCAUCAGAACUUUACCUCAAGUUAUCAAGCUUGAUGAAGAAGAUAUUACACCAGAACAAAGACCUAAAGCUAAGGCCUCAGAACCAGUCAAAAAAUCCAAGCCGAGAUUAUUAAAUUUAUCACCAGCUAAUCACCAAUCGAAUGCCACAGUUCAAAUAGCAUUUUUGAAUGCAUCAGUUGAGCUUGUUCAAUUACUUUCUACAAAUCAAUUAAACACUUUAGAAUCUGAGAUUGUCAAAUUGCUCGACACCAAACAGUAG